AUGAUAGUCGAAGGAAAAAUAGAAACAGAAAUUAAUGAAGACAUAGAAAAAGAAAUAUAUGAAUGCUUCUCAUUAUUUGAUACAAGUAAAAGUGGGUAUAUUGAUAUUAGGGAAUUUUAUUUUGCUUUAAAAUCUCUUGGUUUAAAUUUUAAAAAAGACCAAGUAAAAAAAUUAUUUUUAGAAAUAAAAAAUAAUAUUGAUGAUAAACUAAAUUUUGAUGAAUUUUUUGAUAUCGCAUCAAAGCAUAUAAAUACCAGAUAUAAUGAAGAAGAAAUAGAUAACAUGUUUUCACUUUUUGAUCCCAAUGAUACUGGAAAAAUUACUUUGAGUUCUCUUAAAACGGCUUGCGAUGACAUAGGGGAACACAUUGAAGAGUCGGAACUAAAACGUAUGAUCGAUUAUGCUGAUAAAAAUAAUGAUAAAUCUAUUGAUAAAAGUGAAUUUAAAAAUUUGGUUUUGUCUAUUUGGAAAAAUGCACUCUUAAGUGAUUUGGAUUCAGAUUAUGAAUAA